GACACAUAAACGCUCUUUCCUGAAGCGUUUUGUGGUAGGGUUAGCCUAUAACCGCUCCUUCCAAGAGCGUUUUGUUCUGGAAAUUAAAAACGCUCUACCGUGGCGCGGUUAUUAUCUAAAACGCUUCCUGGAAGCGCGGUUUUAGUAAAAACCGCUACAUAAAGGCGCGGUUUUAAAUAAAGGAUGGUAUUUUUGGAAAUUAUUUGGAGUGGGUGGUAUUUUUGUAAUUUUUUUUUAAACGGUGGUAGUUUUGGAUUUUUUCCACAAACUUACUCGUACGAGUACCAUUACUAGUAAUUACUGCCUACUGGUUCAUGUGCCACUGCUAGUGACUGGUACAUGUACCAGUAACUAGUAAUGAUACAAGUACCACUACUAGUUAUUGGUAAAAGUACCACUACUAUUUACGAGUUCAUAUACCAGUAACUAGUAAAGAUACAAGGACCGCUACUAGUUACUGGUAUAAGUACCGCUACUAGUUACUUGUCCAUGUACCACUACUAGUUUCUUGCACAUGUGCCACCAUUAGUUACUUGUAUAUGUACGACUAAUAAUUACUGGUACAUAUACCAUUUUUAGUAGUUGUACAAGCACGACUGCUAGUCACAUAAUACAUAUGGGUAAAACUAGUGUUGGAUAUAAUGAGAAAAUGCCAAUGGAACACAACCAAAUGUACUACUGCAAACUGCCAUUACUUUGUCCAAUAUAAUUGGUUUACAUUAAAAAAGCAAUAGACAGUUAUCAUACGCCUCAAGCUUUGUUCAUACUCCAAAACGUACAUAACCAAUUAUCAUACUCCUUAAGCUUCUUUAGUAUAGCCUUCCUCUCUUUCGAAAUGCUAGAUUCCAGAAUUUCAAUGUUUGAAUUCCGGCUGCACUUCUCCCGAAUUGGCUUGAACUUGCAUCUACUUUUUGCUGUUGCUUCUUCUUCUUCUUCUUCUUCUUCUUCUUCUUCUUCUUCUUCUUCUUCUUCUUCUUCUCAUAGGGACUCUCCGUUAUCACCUCAUGUGGCUGUCUUUAAUAGGGCCUGGACUAGAAUAUGAUGACUCUCCUUCACAGAUGAUAACCUGCCGAGAUUCAUAGCUAGUAGGUUUUUUUGUUGCAAGUUGUUUUUUUGGUUGUCGCUGUGUAGUUCUCGCCAUUCCUUAUACAAAAAAAAAACUACAUUGUUAUACAAAUUUAAUUAAAACUUACUAUGAUACCACUAUAAACCAUUCAACGGUGCCACAAAAAGUACCACUAAGGACUAAUACCAACUUCAACUACCACUACCAGUAACAACAACUUCGACUACCACUAGUGCACUACCAAUAACAAUUAAUUAUUUUAAACCCACUGCUGCCAGACCAAAAUUCACUGGUACACAAAUAUCAGUGCUACCACUAAUAUACUACCACUACAACUGGUAAAAGUGAGUGGUACCCUCCUAGUAAACAACCACUACUGCUAGUACCAGUGCUACCAUUCAAUUAAACUACCACUACCAUGCUACAAUUAAAAUUAGUACAAUUGCCACAACUACCACUAAAACUGCUACCAAUAGUGUUGCCUCUGUAGUGAUAGCAAUGCUACCAAUUCAAAGUACCACUCGAUUAUACAAAAACCAAAUCAAACAAGCCACACAAGAAAGAAAGGAUUGCAUGAUUAUACCUCGCCCGUGAUGGUUUGCACGACAGCAAGAAGGGACGACGGCGGUGACGGUUGUUGGGUUUUUUGGGAGACGAUGGAGGGGAAAAUGGUUUUAGGCAGACAAACACCAAGACUUUUCACUCAACACAAGACCGGGUGAGACGAUGGCAGGAAACACCGAGAAAAUUGAUCGGAGAUGGUGGAAGGGAAGGUUUUUGGGAGAAGACGGAGGAAAAGGGUUUGGGGGAGACGAAUCGUUCUGCGGGCAGGGUGGCUGAUUUCUCUCCCCCACCAAAUUCUUUCCCUUUUCAAACCCGGCUGAUGUCAGCAAUUAGUGGGCAGACGAAUCCAGUGUGGGCACCAUCUUUUUUGCCCUUGGCCAUCAUCAACCGUUAGAUGGUGAGGAAGGGGGAUGGACGGCUACUAAAGGGGAAGCGAAAUUGACAACCCCCAAGGGGGUUGUCGCGAUAUCUAGUCCCUAAAUUCUUUCCCUUUUCAAAAGCAAGAGGCCGAAUUCAGUGUGCCUCUUUCUUUUUUGCCCCUACUCACUAUCGACCAUCGGAUAGAGAGGAAGGGAGACGGACGGCUGGGAAGGGGGAAGCGAAACUGACAACCCCCAGGGGUUGUCAAGCUAUCCGAUCCCAUUAGUAUUUUAAAGUGUUAUAUCAUCGUUCUCGUACCAAAAACCAACAAAUAUUGAAUGUAAUCCCCCACCAUAUACACAAAAAUGUUGAAUUGCAUUACUGUAGUAAAUAAUGUCAAAUGUACCACUCCAUUUAAAAAAAACAAAUUGGUGUCUUUGUACUCCAUUUGCAUUAGCAUAUUUGUACAUCAUAUAUUGGAACUCCUUGAAAUCCAAAGAAAGUUAUUACACGCUACUAGUAUCAUGUUUCGCGAGUAUUCUUCUUCAUACAAUUUACACAUUGCUCGUCUUUCUCUUAUACAAAGUUUAGUACGGAUUCGUUUGGAUGGUGGAUUAUAGUGAUGAAUUUUUCACACUUCAUUUUCGUUUCAAUUGACAAAGAUUGAGUAAUUGUUGAAAUCAUGACGAACCCAACUGUGAAUAUGGCAAAAGAGGAGGCGGGGUUCUAGUUCUCAUUCUUGUUCAGCUGGUGACAAUUAUAACUCUGUCAAUGGCGGCAACUGUGGUGGGUUGGGACAUGGCGACGGUUGGAGUCUGCAAAAGGCCAUAUUCUCUAGGAGAAAAUACGAAGGUUGGACAUGACGGCGGAUGGAGUUUUGAUUUGAUCUAAGUAGAGCCGAUGACCUUAUUACUCCCUGCAUUAUGAAAUAAAUUAUGAAGCACAAAAGCAUCAUUAUAUAUACUAUAAUCAAUCCAUUGUGCAAAUAAACUUUGUCACACAUU